UCGGCCGCGCGCCCUGCGCAGCGCCGUCAUGGCGGCCUCCGCGGCGGAGGCCCGGGCGCUGUUCGCGGAGGGCGUGGGGGCCGUGCUGGGGGGGUGGGCGGCGCUGCAGUUGGCCGUGGCCCAGGGCUUUGGGGGGCCGCAGGGCACCGAAAAGGCCGCCUGGCUCCGCUCGGCCCUGCUCGAUUUCUUCACCCAGAACGCUGACCUGGAGCAGGAGGAGGUGGAGGAUUUCCUGGCUGAGGUGAUGGACAACGAGUUCGACACCGUGGUGGAGGACGGCAGCCUGGAGCAGGUGAGCCGGGAGCUGCUGACGUUGUUCUCCCGAGCGCAGGGGGGGGACACGGUGGGGGUGGGGGCAGCCCUGGGGGCUCUGGCCCGAAGGGGCCCUGCCCUGGCCACCGCCCUGGCCACGGCCCGGCCCGGGGGGGGCCCCCAGAGCCCCCCCGGGACCCCCCCGAGCUCCCCCGGGACACCCCAGAGCCCCCCCAGGACACCCCCUGGCCACAAGCAGGAGGAAGAGGAGGAAGAGGCGAUGGAGUGCGGGACACCCCCGCCCCCCCCCGACGGCUGGACCCUCGUGCAGCGGCGGCGGCGGCGAUGAGUGGGGGGAGGGGUGUCGUGUGUGUACCCCCCCCAAAUUGGGGGACACCCCUCCCCCACCCUGCUCCCCAAAUUGGGGGGGAAUAAAGGCCCCUCCCCCAAAGGGGGGUGUGGGAA